CGAGGCGACCAUCCAUAUAAAAUACCUCGGCUCCCUCUUCCCCGCCCCUGAUUCGCAAGGCCAGCCAGAGGAGGGGAGCGCCACCGCGAAUCCCCAGCCCCCACCGCCGAUCCCGCCCGCCCCUCUGCAGAUCUCCCCGCCAUUGCCCGCUCCUCGCCCUGAUUCGCGCUCUCCUCGCCCAGAUCCAUCGAGACACUGCGCGGUGCUUCCGCGGGCGCGGUCCGGGCGCUGUGAUCAGGAAUUUUGAUAUUUUUUCGUGGUGCUGGUGUUGGGCGGCGGCGGAGAUGGGCGUCGGAGGGGAGAAGUUCCAGCUGGGGACGGUGGGGGCGCUGAGUCUCUCCGUGGUGUCCUCCGUCUCCAUUGUCAUCUGCAACAAGGCCCUCAUGAGCUCCCUCGGCUUCACCUUCGCCACAACCUUGACGAGUUGGCAUCUCCUGGUUACUUUCUGCUCCCUCCAUGUAGCAUUAUGGAUGAAGUUCUUUGAGCAUAAGGCUUUUGAUUCAAGAACUGUCAUGGGAUUUGGAGUACUUAAUGGCAUCUCCAUUGGACUCCUCAACUUGAGUCUUGGUUUCAAUUCUGUUGGUUUUUACCAGAUGACAAAGCUCGCCAUCAUCCCCUGCACUGUUAUUUUGGAGACUCUUUUCUUCAGGAAGAAGUUCAGCCGCACUAUCCAAAUAUCCCUUUCCGUGCUCCUUUUGGGUGUUGGAGUUGCAACUGUCACUGAUCUGCAACUCAAUGCUGUGGGAUCCAUACUGUCCUUGCUGGCAAUUAUCACGACCUGCAUCGCUCAAAUUAUGACAAACACUAUUCAGAAGAAAUUCAAGGUUUCUUCAACCCAGCUGCUAUACCAGUCUUGCCCUUACCAAUCACUGACACUGUUUCUUAUUGGUCCAUUCCUUGAUGGAUUUCUGACUAACCAAAACGUUUUUGCUUUCAAUUACACAUCUCAAGUUGUGUUUUUCAUCGUGUUGUCGUGCUUGAUAUCGGUCUCAGUAAACUUCAGCACCUUUCUUGUGAUCGGAAAGACAUCUCCUGUUACUUACCAAGUCCUGGGCCAUCUUAAAACAUGCCUAGUUCUAACCUUUGGUUAUGUUUUGCUUCAUGAUCCAUUUAGCUGGAGAAAUAUACUGGGCAUCCUAAUUGCGGUGGUUGGGAUGGUCCUAUAUUCAUACUUCUGCUCAGUAGAGGCCCAGCCAAAAAGUGCCGAAGUUUCCACUCAGCAGGCGAAAGAAAGCGACUCGGCCCCUUUGAUCUCAGACUCUCUGAGCAAAGUUGAAAAUGGAGGUGAUGAUGAUGAGCCUCUGAAGGUACCGAUGUGGAGCUCAAAGUACUCGAGGGCGUGAAAAUUUCUUUAGACAAUGGAUGGCAUUAUACAGGAUUCAAUUUAGUAGGCAGAUAGUAGGGUUGGAAGCCAACCCAGAGUAAUGAAGCAAUGAACAUUCCAGUUACAUUUUUGGGUUCCUUUAGGGUCACUAUCUACUAGCAGUAAAAGGAUCUGAUUCUUCAGAGGGAUUUACCUUCAAGAGUGCAGAUCUGCUUUGAAGCUAGACAUCGGAUAUUGUAUGAUUGUAUCUGGAACCAUAGUCAAAAGUUCUCACUGUAACUUCAUGUUGGGUAUUGAUCCACAGGUAGACUCCAUUCUUUUGUAUCAAAGAUCCUGGGAACCAAAUGUGCAACAUUUGAAGUAUUUAUAGGUUCAAGUCUGUAACUGUAAGUUUAGAUUUAGCUUGGACCCAGUGAUGCUAGUGUACAUUUCAGUUCAAGGAAAAAAAUAAAAACAAGAAGCCCUUUAAUUUUAA